AUGGGAUGUGGAUGCUCCUUAAUUACUGAGACCUUUAAAGUUAUUGAACCAGAAGUAGAUACAGAGAAACUUCAAAGAGUUGUCGAUAGUUGGAGAUAAAAAGAUACUUUAGAAUGUGAAUUGGAAUCAAAUUUAUGGAGAGGGUUUGAUAAUUAUCUAAGUUAUUAAAAUAAGAAAAAUAAGCCACGUGUGAAAAAAAACAAUUAAAAUGCAAUUUAUACUUCUCCCAAUAUUUACCCUAGAUAUAUGUUAAACUAAAGCCAAAGUUAUAAUUAUUUUAAUCAAUUUAAUUUUUAAUAUGAUGAUUAAAUUUAAUCAAAGUAGUAACCAUGGAAAUUAGUUCCUAAACCUUUAAAUUCCAAUAGAUCAUAAUUUAAUUAAUAUCAAACAAAGGGGUUUCUAUUUAAUGAAGAACUUAAACCGGUGAAUAAUUGCUUUUAGCAUCAAUAUUUUAAGAUUAAUAUUGUUCAACCACAGCAAGAUAACAACCUAAAGGCUUUAAGAAAUUUGGAUUAUUUUGAUAAAAAAAAGAAAUAAAGAAAAAAUAACUAUUGAGUUAUUUUAUUAUAAAGAUUAAAUCUCAUAGUAUUAAUGAUACCGAAUUUUAUGAAUUAAAAUAAUAUAUAGUACAUUAAUAGAAUAUUUUUGA